UCCAACAUGGAGAAAUGAGGAGAUGGGGCUCGUCCGGGGCCAUCCGCACCGACACCAGCGCUCCAUUUUCGGUCACCGCAUUCCAGCCCGCUCCGGUGGGGGAGGAGGAGGAGGUGACCGAGAAGGCAAAAAAGGCGGAGGUUAAGGAGGUGAAGGAGACUGGAUGCGCUCCACUGACUGAGGACUGAGAGGAGGAGGAGGAGGAGGUGUUGGGGGAGAACACUCACCGGGAUUAACGCCGAGGAGCCGCGGAGGGAGCGGGGGAGGACCGGGCCGCUGCUCCUGCUGAGGAAACAUGAGCACCGCGCGCGCCGCCGCGGUGGGAGCUCCUUAUUACCGGAGGUGAAAUGGGAAACAUGAGCGAGGACACGCGCCCGGACGAUGAUAGCUACAUAGUGCGCGUCAAAGCGGUGGUGAUGACCAGAGACGAGUCGAGUGGCGGCUGGUUGGCGCAGGACGGCUGCCUGAGCAGAGUGGGCGUGUGCAGACUGCUGCCGACCGAGCUGCUGGGACGUAACAUGUUCCUAAUCCACGGAGAACGUCUUAAAGACAAGCAGGUGAUUCUGGAGUGCUUCUUAAAGAAGGAUCUGGUCUACACGAAGGCCACGCCCACUUUCCACCACUGGAAUGUGGACAACAAGAAGUGUGGCCUGACUUUCCAGAGCCCGGCCGAUGCCCGCGCCUUUGAUCGCGGCGUGAGGAAGGCCUUGGAGGACCUAACCGAAGGCUCGACCACGUCCUCGUCCACGCUGCAGAAUGAAGCCGAGCUCGGUGACGAUGAUGUCUUCACGACUGCCACCGACAGCUCGUCCAACUCGUCCCAGAAGAGAGAGCCAGCGAUGCACGCGCUCACCCCGCCCACAUUUUGUGAACCCCGCCGUCACCACUGCAUCCUGGGACAUUUGUAUGAGCAGCAUCGGCCCACUGAGCGCUACUUCCUGGACCAGGCGGUGCAUAUGUUUCCUCGUCACGUCAGCUUCCAGUUGGAGGACGAGGAGGUCGUACGCAUCAACCCCCGCGAGCGGACCUGGCUCACCGGCUACGAGGACUACCGCCACGCCAACUCCUCACGUGACAAACUCGCCCAGCUCCACAACCCGGACACCUGCGUGCACUUUACCAAGAGCGAGCCGGCCAAACGCGACUACGCCUACCCAUACCCCCUGAGCUGCGACACGCAGCGAGGCUGCGACGGAAAACCCAGCUGCCUGGAGAUGGGCGGUGGCCACAGGGCGGUGCUGACGGUGCAGCCGCGAGCCCCGGAGCUCAAAGGCAAACUGCGGAAGGAAGAUGGGGAGCGCUCGCGCUGUGUUUACUGUCAGGACAUGUUCAACCAAGAGGACAACGGGCGGGGCCGCUGCCACGAGGCGCCCGACCCCAUUCAGACGUGCAUCCGGCGCGUGAGCUUCAUGUGGUGCGCGGACAGCCUUCUGUACCACUGCAUGUCCGAUCCAGAGGGGGAUUACUCGGACCCGUGCUCCUGCGACACCACCGAUGAGCGUUUCUGCCUGCGCUGGACGGCGCUGGUGGGCCUGUCGCUGCUGACUCCCUGCAUGUGCUGCUAUGCCCCCCUCAGGGCGUGCUACCGCUGCGGCGUGGCCUGCCGCUGCUGCGGCGGGAAACACAAAGCUGUGGGCUAAGGCGUUGGAGGCCCCGCCGCUGCCACAGUGACAGCUAGGACUCGCAGCAGGAAGCGGGGAGAAGGAGGUCCCUGCGAUUUCUACGUUGUUGUCGUUUUGUCGUCGUCGGUCUUCAUAACUCCAGCUGCAUCUCGACGUCCAGAAGCUUCUGUAUAAGAGUCUUACAUGAUCAAUACUUUUACACAGAUGUCUGCACGUUAUAUUUUUACACUCAUGUGUCCUAAAGCCCGGAUGCGUGGGUGUGUCUGUCUGUAUGAAUGUUGCUGUAGCGCUCACCCACACG